AUGAAUCAUCCCGAAAUUCCUACAUAUACCCCUGGUACUGUAUUAUCUGUCGGAACUCAUCAUGCAAAGAUUUUGAAGUAUAUUGCAAGUGGUGGGUUUGCUCAAGUUUAUUCAGCCGAGAUGUUUCCUGCUGAUACGCCCACUGGAACCAAUAAAGUAUGUUUGAAAAGAGUUAUAAUUCCUGAGAAGGCUGGAUUAAAUGCUCUGAGAGCAGAAGUCAACGCUAUGAAACUUUUGAAGGGUAGUAAGCAUGUGGUUUGUUAUAUCGAUUCGCAUGCUGCAAGAUCUCUCUUACAAAAUGGUACUUACGAAGUGUUUUUAUUAAUGGAAUUUUGUACUGCAGGUGGAUUGAUAGAUUUUAUGAAUACUAGGUUACAAAACAGAUUGAAGGAAUAUGAAAUUCUGAACAUUAUGAGCCAGGUGACUCAAGGUAUUGCCGCUAUGCAUGCUUUACAACCCCCACUGAUACACCGUGAUAUAAAGAUUGAAAAUGUUCUGAUUUCCGCUGAUGGUGAAUACAAAGUUUGCGAUUUUGGAUCUGUAAGUGGUCCUAUUCGUCCACCAAGAAACCCUCAAGAAUUUGCCUUUGUGCAACAUGAUAUUCUAAAGAACACUACAGCUCAAUACAGAUCUCCGGAAAUGAUCGAUCUCUAUCGUUGUCAAGCAAUUGAUGAAAAAUCAGAUAUUUGGGCCCUAGGGAUUUUCCUCUACAAACUCUGUUAUUAUACCACACCUUUUGAAAAAGGUGGUGAUCAAGCCAUUUUGCACUCAAGAUAUCAAUUCUUGGCUCAUCCCAUUUACAGUGACCGUCUAAAAAAUUUGAUCAGUUGGAUGUUAUCCCAACAACCCAUGCAGAGACCUAAUAUCUGUCAAGUUCUGGAAGAGGUGUCUAGGAUGCAGGGAGUCAGUAGCCCCAUGAGAAAUUUUUAUCUAUUGAGAGCCAUGCAACAUACGAAUACGAGUACUUCUUUCAUUACUCCACCUGUAUCUAUGGUGAAUACCAAUACCUUUAUGGCUCCUCCUGCACAAGUGGCUCCUUUAACGCCAGCACAGUCCUUGGGUGCUAAUGGUAUGCCCGUAGGGGUGACUCCUCAACCUAUGCCCAUCAUGGCAAAAACAAGAUCUGGUAUCAGUACUGGUGGUAAUAUUUUCCCAGGUGCAGCAAAUCCAAUGGUGGUACCUACUCAGCUGGGACCUGCUCAAGUGGCGGGACCUGUACCAAUGGGUAGCCAAGAUAUGUCCUCUGGCAUACUGCCGCCUUUUAACAGAGCUAGCACAUUGCCAACGGAUGGUUUCUCUACUGGUCCAGGGAAGGAUGGUGGUGUAAUCACAAGUGCAGUCAAUACUGGCCCAGAGACAAUAAAAGAUAGGCCAUUUAACUACGUGGAUUCUGAAACUCAAACAUCUGAUGCGGGAUCUAUAACAACUUCAAAGCCUUACUUACAUCCAUCAGCGGUUUCUUCUACUCGUUCGUUGCCAGCACAAAAUGCAGACCAUGAUUCAAGACCCAGAUCUUCCAGUCUGGAUUUCAAGAGUGCUGCUCGCAAGAAACCGGCUGAUGAGGAAAUCCUAGAGAACUUGAUUGCCUUGUCUAACAGACGCGAUGAUCCUAACAAGCGUAAUAGUUUCAAUUCUUUCAAUUCUUCGCCAAUAGGACAAAGAAGUCCAACUGGGGGUGCAAACGUUCCAACUACGCCCGAUUCUCUAGCAAGGAUUAAGAGCAACCCAGAUACAAAGGAGUCUAUCCAGAAAAAGGUUCAAUCAUUACUCAAAGCAGCAGAGGAUUCGCCAAAGAACAAAAGUACUUCCGAAAUUGUUAAUAUAAGAACGACAACAUCAUCAUUUUCAGAGAAUGGUCUCAGGAAGACUACUUCCAACGUGGAGAAUGGCAAGUCAACCACCAGGAGCAUCAAGACUCCAUCCUCAGUUAAUGGAAAAUCGGAAUCUAAAUCCAAACCACCUCCACCUCCACCUAAACCUGAGCAUUUGAGACCUAAAAAACCUCCUAAACCAGCCUUCCUUUCAGGUAAAAGGAAAGAGCCCGAAGUUUUGCUAAAUGAAGUUAAGGAUGCAGUAAUGGAUUCGAAUGUUGACACAAUAGAAACCGAUGUUUAG